AUGAAAAUUUCAUGUCCACACUUGCGCAAAUCCUUCCCAAACAACCUGGAAUUUCCAAAUUCUGGAUCAAAGAUCUCAUCGAUACCAUUUCUGGUCAAUAAUAGUGAUACAUAUGCUGACGAUGCAUGGGAGGUGAUGAUGACCACAAAUCAAGCCCUGGCAGCCAAGCGGAAGAGCGCCUUCUACGAGUCCAUUGUUCGUAUAAAAAGGCAGGGAGCAUAUUCAGAAGGAUAUCAGGGACCAUCUGCGGGAGUGGGACCUCCCGGACAACCAGGAUCACCAGGAGAAGACGGUUACCCUGGACAGCCUGGAAGUCCAGGCAACGCUGGUCAAGCUAGCGUUGGACUUCAUCAACAAGGAUGCAUUCAGUGCCCAGCUGGACCUCCUGGUCCACCAGGACCAGACGGCGGGCCUGGCCCAGCAGGAGCUCCAGGCAAUCCUGGACAAGAUGGACAAGGUGGUGGAGCAGGCGCCCCCGGACCUGCUGGUCCCGCCGGAGCACCUGGACCAAAUGGAAAUCCCGGCGCACCAGGACAAGAUGGAGCACCUGGAGCUCCAGGAACCCGUUCGACUAGCUUCCCUGGUCCAGCUGGUGCACCAGGACCACAAGGAGCUCCUGGAGCACCAGGUCAACCUGGCAGCAGCUUUGGCGCUGGGACACCAGGACCGGCCGGACCACCCGGUGCUCCCGGUAACCCAGGAGCGCCAGGAAGUCCGGGAGCACCUGGACAACCAGGCACUGAUGGAGCUCCCGGAUCGGACGCUGCUUAUUGUCCCUGCCCACCAAGAACUGGUUGA